UUAAGUGCAAAAGCAGAUGAGUCUAGCACAUCGGAAGCAAGCAAUGCGAAGGUGCAAAAACUACAAGAAUUACUGGAAAAAUGUAAGAUGAAUAUAAAAGAGAAUAAAGAACGUAUUCAACAGCUGAGUGAAGAGAACGAAAGCCUUCGGAAACAGAUCGAAGGAGGUGUCGAUGAGGUUUGUUCGGUUGUGUGA